AUCUUCCCAAUGUCAGAGGAUGUUGACUACAAAAUGAAGAGUGAUCUCUUCUCUUUUGAUGAACUAAAGCAAGACCCUAAUUUCCAAGUCAGAAAACUUAAAGACGCUGUAUAUAUGGGCACUAUAGCCAACGACAAGCGUCAUGGUAAAGGUGUCAUGAGGUAUAAGAACCGGCUCUAUGAGGGCUAUUGGAAAGAUGACCUCAGAGAUGGUGAAGGCUUUGAGGUCUAUAAGAAUAAUAAUUAUUACAUAGGAGGGUUCCUCAAAGGAAAAGCUCAUGGCAAAGGCAUAUAUAAAUGGUCCACCGGAGAAAUCUAUGACGGUGAAUGGGAGAACGGAUGUAAGCAAGGCUAUGGUAUCUGGAAAGGCAAGAACGGUGAUUCCUAUAUCGGUGAAUGGAAAAAUUCCAAAGCUCACGGUUACGGAGUUCACACUUGGUCUUCAGGCGAUAAGUACGAAGGUGAAUGGAAGGAAUGACUUAAAUUUGGCCAAGGAACUGAUUUUUUCUCAAACGGAGAUAUAUUCACAGGUGCCUACUUCAAAGGCAAACCUUGUGGUAAAGGAAAAUAUGUCUGGGCAAAUGGCAGUACCUACAUUGGUGAUUUCAAAGAUGGCCUCAAGCACGGAAAGGGUAAAUGGACAAAAGAAGAAGGUGACCAAGUCUCUGUUUAUGAAGGAGAAUAUGCUGACGACAAGAAAGAAGGCUACGGUGUUUUCCAAUGGGCCACAGGAAAUGUCUACGAAGGAUAUUUUAAAUCUGAUGAAAGAGACGGGCAAGGGAAAAUGACAUGGAAUGAUCAAACUUGUUAUGAAGGUGACUGGUUUAGAGGUAUUCAGCAUGGUUACGGAAAACUAAUUUAUCCUGAUGGUACUUCCAAAGAGGGGUACUUUGAAAACAACAUUUACAUUGGGAAAGUGAAGAAGGAGCCAGAAAACCUGAAUUCUAUAAGCUCAAAUAAAAUGUUCUCAAUAGGGAGCAAGUUAAACCUUUCGAAGAGUUCGCAGAAACUUGGACUAGUAAACCUUCAAGAUAAAGAGAGGAAUCGAAUAAAAAAUGCAAUUAAAUAAAAAUAGACCUUUGCCGUUGGAGACUUCAAAGUAUUUAUCUCAUGAUCAAAGAUCUCCAACUUUGAUGCGGAACUCUAUGACAUUGAUCAAAUCUAAGAUUGUCGAGCCUAUUCCAAAAGCAAGUAAAUCCGCUCGUAAAUUUUUCUCAAAGAGAGGGUUUUCCAAGAAAAGGAACUUGAGUAAGAAUAAAUUAUUUUAA